AGUGCUUCCUGGGGCGGGACCUAGAAGUAGCUCCACCUCGGGGGCCCGGGCCUGGCGACCCACGGGGCGGAGCCCAGCGAGACUAACGCAAACUGCGCCCGCCGGCUGUGCGCUAAGUGCUGCCGGUGGCCUUCCGGAGGUCUCGGUCGCCCCUAGAGUCCCAGUGCGGGUUCCACAGGUCUGUGGGUCCGUUUGCCAGAUGUGCACAAAGUUGGAGUUCCAGGAUCCCUGCUGAGAGCGAGGCGAUCGAACCGAUAACUGGGGAAGGCAGAGCCUUCUUGGCAUUGCUGGGACCCUGUCUCGAAGAGCCCUGUGUCCUGUAGACUUAUCUUCUUGGCUAAUGACAAGGGCUAUUUGACCAGUCCUCUGUGCCUUGUGUCCUCUUGUCCAUUCCUGAGAUCCGGUAGCUUCUCUCUUAGGGUUGGUUCACCUUAAGCGGGAAACUGAAGCCAUUACUGUCCAAACCGAGUUUCAUCUUCCCAAGCAUGUCGGAAAGCUGGCAGCAGCCACCGCAGACUCAGCCCCAACAGCCACAGCCACCACAGCCUCAGGACCAUGCAGAGCCACCACCAGCCCUGGCUGAACACUCGCUGCCCCCAGGCACAGCUGAGAACCCACUGGGCUGUGCUGUCUAUGGCAUACUCCUGCAACCCGACCCAGGCCUGCAGCCCCCACAGCAUGCACCCCUGCAAGCAGGGGAGCCAGGCCCCAAAUGCGGUGUGUGUGGUCACGAUCUGGCACACCUCUCCGGCGCACACGAGCAUCAGUGCCUGGCAGGCCAUGACCGCUCAUUCCAGUGCACGCAGUGUCUUAAGAUAUUCCACCAGGCCACCGACCUGCUGGAGCACCAGUGUGUGCAGGCGGAGCAGAAGCCUUUUGUCUGUGGUGUUUGCAAAAUGGGCUUCUCGCUGCUUACCUCGCUGGCCCAACACCACAGCUCCCACACUGGCAUGAUUAAGUGUUCCAUCUGUGAUAAGACCUACAAGCCAGCUGAGGCUACUGAACCAGCCACCACCACUGCCCCAUCGCUGCCCCCAGCACCUCCGCCCACUAACGUAGCCCCUGCAGAACAACCGGAAAAACCCUAUAGCUGCCCCAUCUGCCAGAAACCCUUCAAGCACCUGUCGGAGCUCUCAAGGCAUGAGCGGAUCCACACUGGCGAGAAGCCGUACAAGUGCACACUGUGUGACAAGAGUUUCAGUCAGUCCUCCCACCUAGUUCACCACAAGCGCACACACAGCUCUGAGCGGCCCUACAAGUGUGCUGUCUGUGAGAAGACCUUCAAGCACCGCUCCCACCUGGUGCGACACAUGUAUGCUCAUUCAGGUGAGCACCACCUGUUCCGCUGCAACGUGUGUGAGCUGCACUUCAAAGAGUCGUCCGAGUUGCUGCAGCACCCUUGCACCCCAAGUGGUGAGCGGCCCUUUCGCUGUGGUGAGUGCCAGAAGGCCUUCAAGCGGCCAUCGGACCUGCGGCAGCAUGAGCGCACGCACAGUGCGGAGCGGCCCUUCAAGUGUGACCUGUGCCCCAUGGGCUUCAAGCAGCAGUAUGCGCUGAUGCGUCACCGGCGUACACACAAGACGGAGGAACCCUUCAAGUGCGGCCUAUGCGAGAAGGGCUUUGGACAACCUAGCCACCUGCUCUACCACCAGCAUGUGCACACCCUGGAGACUCUCUUCAAGUGCCCGGUGUGCCAGAAGGGCUUCGACCAGUCCGCUGAGCUGCUGCAGCACAAGUGCCUGCCAACCUCUACAGAGCGGCCCUUCAAGUGCCCGGUGUGUAACAAGGCCUACAAGCGGUCAUCUGCCCUGCAGAAGCACCAGCUGUCGCACUGCGCUGCGGCUGAGAAGCCUUUGCGUUGUACCCUGUGUGAACGCCGCUUUUUCUCCUCCUCCGAGUUUGUGCAGCAUCGCUGCGACCCAGCCCGGGAGAAGCCGCUCAAGUGUCCAGACUGCGAGAAGCGCUUCAAGUAUGCCUCAGACCUGCAGCGCCACCGGCGGGUGCACACGGGUGAGAAGCCCUACAAGUGCCCCAACUGCGACAAAGCCUUCAAGCAGCGUGAGCAUCUCAAUAAGCACCAGGGCGUGCACGCCCGAGAGCAGCAGUUCAAGUGUGUGUGGUGUGGCGAACGCUUCCUGGAUGUGGCGCUGCUGCAGGAGCACAGUGCCCAGCACAGCGCUGCCGCUGCAGCCGUGGAGGGUGCCUACCAGGUGGCAGCCUGUUUGCCCUAAGGCCUCUGUGCCACUACUUGCUCUGUCUAGUCUCACCUGCUUGCAGCUGCAUGGCAGCAAGCCUGUCGACCACCCCCACCCUCAGCCCCCACCCCAGGAGUGAAGACCAAAGGGGUCUGGGCAGGUGGAGGGUGCGCAUGUUCAGUAGUAUUAAUACCAGCCCAGCUGUGGGAGGAGCUGAACUGCUAUGGCCAGACCCCAAUUCCGUUAACCUCUUCCCCAUGACAGGACUUGCUUUCUGAGAGCCUGCUGCACCCCUUAUCUAUAGGGAACUCGAAUCCUACCUGUAAUCAGGUGCCUCUCUGCCCCAGGUAUGAAGGAUGCCAACCCGCUUUUCUCCAGUCUUUCAGCCUAGUUAGAAGCCAGGUGGCUUGGGAAGGAGGAAGUAGGGUUUCCCCUCAAGUUGCUUUUCAUGGGGGAAAGGCCAGCUUUGUGACAGUUCUGGGGACUUGGGAGGUAGACAGUGAGCUACAGUCCUCCGCCCAGCUAGGGCAAAUGUUCCCCAACCCCGAGUUUCUGGUAGUUGGAUAUGUAGGAUAGGAGCCUUUGGGCAGGGUAUGCUUAGAGACGAGGGGCCCAGUCAGGGUGGGGAAGCAGGAACAUUCCAUGACCCCCUCAGGUCAGCGAAUGCUGUCUGUCCACAGGGAAAGGGACACAAGCAGCCUUGUGCUGAAGCCAUCCUGAGGCUGUGGAACCCCCUCGUGCCUGCGAGUAGUUCGGAGCUACAGGGGAGUGAGUGUGUCCUUAGCAGAGCUGCUGUUGUGGAAGGGGAGGACUGUUAGUCCCCUUUAUACCCCAUCCCUGGCAUGGGGAAGAAGGAAGACCAAGCCCAUGUUUACCCAGCAGCGAUAAACAGGUCCCUCCCCAAAUUGUGUGAACCAA